CGGAUCACGGUUAGUUGCAUGUCUAAAGGUUACAUUAGGUUAGUUACCUCAUACUACAUAGUACAUACAUACAUACCUACAUACCUACUUCAUCUUUUAAUUAUACAACAUUGAAACAUUGAACAUCGAAUAUCACCCAACCGAAUAGACAACCUGGAAUUGAAACCUGCGAACACAAGAUCGUUACCGAGUUCAACUUCUAAUCGAUUGACUCUGCCAUUGGAAUGAAUUAACCUUACACUUCAGGAGGAGCAACUACAUUAUUAUCCUCACGAACACAGCAGUCAACCCCUUAGGACGAUAAGACAGGGCACACCUUCGCAAUGGCACCUCGCAUUGAGGCUCAGGAGAUCGAGACGUACUGGAACAUUUUCUCGACACGAACCAAUGGCGGGAAGUUCUUGACGGGCGAGCAGGCCGCACCUUUACUAAAGAACAGUGGUCUGAAUGACGAUCAGCUCGAGCGCGUCUGGGAUGUCGCUGACGUUGACAACGAUGGAAACUUGGAUUUUGAGGAGUUCUGCGUCGCCAUGCGCAUCAUCUUCGACAUAGUAAAUGGUGAAUACGCUGAAGUACCCACGACACUCCCCGACUGGCUCGUCCCCGAAUCCAAAGCACAUCUCGUCCAAGCGACCCGCGCCAUCACGGGGAAACAAGUCCAGUUCGAACAGGUUGACGACGACUCGGAUACCCCGGGCUUGAAAGACGGCUUCGACUGGUACAUGAAUCCUCAAGAUAAGGCCAAGUACGAAUCUAUAUACCAAGAGAACCGAGACAUGCGGGGGGAGAUGGCCUUCAAUUCACUCUCCGACCUUUAUGAAUCCCUCGACGUCCCCGACACCGACAUCCGAUCCGCCUGGAACCUCAUCAACCCAUCAGCCUCAUCCAGCAUCAACAAAGACGCCUGCCUCGCCUUCCUACACAUCCUCAACGGCCGACACGAGGGUUACCGGAUCCCGCGCACGGUACCAGCAUCCCUGCGCUCCUCCUUCGAGCGCAACCAGAUCGACUACCAAAUCGACAGCGCCCGCAACAACCCAGCAGCCUCCCGCUGGGCCGCCAAGGCCGACGACUCGACGACGACAGGCCGCAAGGCCAAGUUCGGCGACCAGUACCUCACGCGCCUCGGCCGCGGCGGCUUCAAGGCCACCGGCACCGACUUCAGCAACGCCCAGAGCGACGAGCAGUGGGAGGAGGUGCGGCUCAAGAAGCAGCUCCAGGAGCUCGAGGACAAGAUGGCCAAAGUCGAGGCGCAGGCCGCGCAGCGCAGCGGCGGCGGUAAGCGGGACUCGAAACCGGCGCUCGUGAAGCGGGAGCUGGAGCAGUUAUUGGACUACAAGCGUCGCGAGCUCCGGGAGCUGGAGGAGGGCGCGGGCAAGGCAAAGGCGGGGAAUAGUCUAAGAGGCGUCGCGGAGGAUCUGCGCACGGUCAGGGAGCAGAUUGAUGGGCUGGAUGCGCAUUUGGCGGCCCGGCUGCAGGUGCUGGAGCAGUUGAGGAGGGAGGUGGAGGAUGAGAAGGCUGGGAGAUAGGGGGGAGAGAAAGAACGGUAUGUGUUUGUGUGUUUGUUUGUUUGUGUGUCUGUGGAAAUUAGGGAAGGAAGUGGAGAGAAAAGAGGGAAUGUCACAUCGCGCUCAAGCUUCCCAUGAAGGAGGCCGUAGAAGACGCAGAAGAAGAAAGCCUCGAUGUGAUUACCUAGAUCUUGCCUGUUCUGCUGUGUAUGAAGACAGACAAGUACCUACUAGGUACGUACCUAGGUAGGCAGAUGGAGGGAAUGGGGAUAGGUGAUAGGUGAUAGGGUAGGUAGGGUCGGAUAGGGGAGGGCAGGGCAGGAUAGGAUAAGAUAAGAUAGCUGAUGGGACCUUAAGUCUGUGAUACAACAACUGUGAUAUAAUACAAAAGUAAAGUAAAGUAAAGUA